AUGGCGUCGCCGCACCGGUCGCUCAUGCGCCUGCUCGUGCUCUGCCUCCUCUGCGGCGCGUCUCUCGCGGCGACGCGGCGCUACCUCUCCGUCAGCAUGGACGAGCUGCUGAUGAGCUCCAAGGCUCACCUCGACUGCCCUCCCUUGAAGAAGUCAGAGGUCGUCGUCCUCGUCCACCACCUCGUCACCUGCACCAUCGCCGUCGCCACGCCCCAUCCCUGGGGGCACAAUGCCAUCAUCAUCCCGGCCGUGUCGUUAAAGUUCAGCGACGGCGCCGUUGUCGACCUCGACUUCUUUGGGAUCCUGAUUUUCCUGGACGAUGCGACGGCCAUCGGGUGCCUCGCGUUCGCGGCGAGGCCGCAGACGAUGACGUUCAACAUCAUUGGCAACACGCAGCAGCGGUCGGCUGAGGUGAUCUACGACGUCGCGGCGGAGAAGAUCGGGUUUGUCCCGGGCAGUUGCUGA